AUGAGCUCGGAGCCGGGGCAGGGCCUUCCCUUUCUCCCGGGCUACGCCUUCAGGGACCCCAUGAAAACGUCUUUUCAUCGGUCCCAGACACUGGGCUACAAAAAUGGAUUUGCCAUUUCUCGGCUGCCAACAGUGGGGAUCGGCGGGGAGCGACUGUAUGUGAAUCAGCUUUCUCAAGCUGAAUUAGAUGAAUUAUCCAACACGAGACCCACGCUGACCUAUGGGCCGGCCAAGCAGGCUGCACCUCCAGCCUUCAUUCCAGCACACGUGGCUUUUGACAAAAAGAUUUUGAAGUUUGAUGCCUAUUUCCAGGAAGAUGUUCCUUUCUCUCCAGAAGAGCAUUACCGGAUCCACCAAGUGCGCAUCUACUACUACUUGGAAGAUGACAGCAUGACCGUUAUAGAGCCUGUUGUGAGGAACUCUGCUCUCCUUCAAGGAAAACUUAUCAGACGCCACCGAGUGCCCAAGAAUGACCAUGGGGAGCAUUACCACUGGAAAGAUCUGAAUCGAGGCAUAAACAUCACCAUGUAUGGCAGGACAUACCGCAUAGUCGACUGUGACCCAUUCACGCAGGUGUUCCUGGAGAGCCAAGGAAUUGAACUGAACCCUCCAGAGGAAAUGCCUUUCGAUCCUUACACAGAAAUGCAUCGGAUGCCCAUACGCAAGUACAUCACGCCAUCAGAUUUUGACCAACUCAAACAGUUUCUGACUUACGACAAGCAGGUCCUUCGUUUCUAUGCCAUGUGGGAUGACACUAACAGCAUGUUUGGUGAGAUUCGGCCUUGCAUCAUCCAUUACUUCUUGGCAGACGACACAGUGGAGGUUCGGGAAGUCUAUAAGCAAAAUGAUGGUAGACAACCAUUCCCAGUACUGAUAAGACGCCAACGCUUGCCCAAAGCCUUUGUGGAAAACAAAAAGACCUUCCCAAGCUGUGUUAUGGAGAUCUCUGAUGAGGAGGUACUUCAGUGGUACACAGCUAAAGACUUUGCUGUUGGCAAAUCUACCACCCUCCUUGGACGCACCUUCUUCAUCUAUGAUUGCGAUGAGUUCACACGAAAAUUCUAUUGUGACAAAUUUGGCAUCACGGACUUCCAGCCAGUGGAAAUAAAGAAGAAACCAUGUGAGAAAGUUCCACAGGUAAUUCCUCCCUAUAAUGGUUUUGGCAUCCUUGAAGACACUCAUCAGAACUGUUUUUCUCCGAUUCCAAAGCCUCCCCGGAAAGACCUAAUUAAGACGCCAGAGAAUGACCACAAGGUCCUGCGAUACCAAGUGGGCCUGGAAUCACCAAACCCUGAGGACAGAGAGCUUCGUUUCAUCCUCUCCUACUUCCUCUCCAAUGACAUGAUCAGCAUCUUUGAACCUCAGGUCCGUAACUCUGGCAUCAUUGGAGGCAAAUACUUAAAAAAGACCAGAGUUGCCAAACCGGGCUCUACUACAGAGAAUGCCAUGUACUAUGAGCCCUCUGACCUCACCAUCGGUUCUACAAUUGAAGUGUUUGGCCGCAGGUUUGUUAUCACUGAUGCUGAUGAAUAUGUGCUUAAUUAUAUGGAGAGCAAUGCAGAGAGUUUCCCUGCAGCAACACUGCAGUCCAUGAGGGAUCAUUUUCGCUCACGGCGGAUGGUAGAGGAGACUGACAAAAGUGACAUUCAAGAUCUUGAGACCCGCAAGCAGGAACUGGAUGAAUUAAUUGUGCAGGUUCAGGAGGAGCUGAAACUCCAUGAGUACUUGAACAACAAGAACAUUCAGGAAGCAUUUCUGCAGUGCGACAAGGAUGGCUCUGGCAUCCUGGACAAAGCAAAAUUCACAUCCCUUUGUGAAAGCUUGAGUGUGCCGACCAGUGCCGUUCUUAAUAAGCUGAUUGAGCUAUGUUCUUGUGGAGAAGACAUGAUAAACUACCGGGACUUCCUUAGAGCCUUCCCCUCGUGA